CAAUCAUCUCUCGCAAUAUAUCAGUCAGUCGUAUCUUGAAGUUUCACAAAAUAUUAGAAAUGAAUAGAAGGUUAGAUGAAGUAAUUGAUAGAGUGAAACGUCUCCUGCCACAAACGAUAUUUACAACUGUCGCUAAACUGUUAGAUUCCAGAACAGGCACAGAUGGCGCUGGCGAUACGGGCACUCUUGAUAUGGGCAGUCGGUCCUCGCUGCAUACAGGCCUGCAUAUGUCAGAGGAUGAACAUUGGGAGAUGAACUACCACGAAGCUGCAAUAUACCUAGAGGAAGGGCUGAACAAUGAGAAAUUUGACUCACACCCGUCUAGCCCCGAGGAACUACCUGCGUACCUACGCGUGCACAACCCUUGGUACCACGGGUUGGACCUGCUGGCAUCCUUGGUGCUCAUUCUCCUUGCAUUCACAGAGGACCCAGCAGUUCCUACAUUUCGUCUUCCAGUAUGGGCACAUGGAACCAUAGAGCUUCUUGCUUUAACGGUGAUAGGAGUGGAACUACAUUUGAAACUAAAGUGGAUCGGUUGGAGUACAAUACUCAAACAUAAAAGGACAAUGUUAAAGGGUAUUACUCUCAUAAUAAUGGUGCUGGAGGCUGUGGUAGUAUUAUGCCGACAGUCUUCACAUUUUCGCGUAACGCGAGCUCUUAGGCCGAUCUUUUUGGUCGACACUAGACACUGCGGGGGUGUAAGGAGGUUCAUAAGACAAAUUUUACAAUCACUGCCACCGAUUAUUGAUAUGCUUGGUUUGCUAAUGUUCUUCGUAGCGACAUAUUCACUUCUUGGUUAUUAUUUGUUCUCCGAGCACGUAGACAAUGGACAUUUUAAGACUAUCAGCGAUUCUUUCGUUAGUAUGUUCGUGUUGUUGACUACUGCCAAACGUGAUGAUGCCAUCAUAUGCGAAAUCCAAGUGAUGUUAGCCGUAGUAUACGAGGCAUUCACUCGUAUCGAGCGUGAGAAGUGCCGCGCUCUGAUGCUGCAUAGGAGGAGAGCCACGAGACACGCUUUCCGGCUAUUAGUAUCACGGCGUGCACCUCUUGCUGUACGUCUGAGACACUUCGCCGGCCUCAUGAGGCACUACGCGCCCCAUUACAGUGGUCUCGACGUGUACCUGAUGUUUAAGCAACUGAACCACUCCGGCACCGGUGGUCUGAGCCGUGCGGAGUUCGCUAAUCUGUAUGAGGUGUUCGCGCUCCGCUGGUGUCCGCAGCAGUCGCGAGCACCGUGGUACUCGGACUCAGUGCUAGAGCCAGUGGGGCGGGCCGCCGCUGCUGCUGUACGGUGGCCUUAUUUUGAGUACCUUAUAUAUGCGUUAAUCAUCGGCAAUGGUGUGUCGCUAGUACUGCGAGUUUGUCAAGCGGCUAGCGAUUUGCAGAACAGUGCACGGCUUUUGUGCGCUUCUUGGGACACUUGGCUUUUCCUCACGGUGUUCUUACUGGAAGCUGUUCUACGUAUGAUGGCAUCUGGACUCAGUGCAUAUUUGGAGAGUGGAUGGAAUGUUUUCGAUCUGAGCGUGACGCUUCUAGCUCUAAUGGGUGCUGUGCUUCUAACGAUAGCACCAGGACUAUUUAUUGUAGUUAUAUUCAGACCUCUGAGGUUGAUGCGUCUAUAUAAGCUUAAGAAAAGAUAUCGAGAUGUGUUCGGUACACUGGUGCUGUUAUCGCCUUUGAUGUCUUCAGCAGGAUGCGUCAUGCUCGUCAUGUAUUAUUUCUUUGCUAUUGUCGGUAUGGAGUUAUUUGGAGAUUCUGAUUUGAAGAAUUGUUGCGUGAACACGACUGUCGAGGACUUUUACAAGUAUUCCGUCAACGGGUCCAACGCAUUGGGUUAUUAUUACUUGAAUAACUUCGAGAACAUCAUCACAAGCGGCGUGACAUUAUUCGAGUUGACAGUGGUGAACAACUGGUUUAUACUUAUGAACGCGUACGCCACUGUUGUAGGACAAUUCAGCAGAAUAUAUUUCAUGGUGUUCUACCUUUUCACGAUGGUGGUGUUAACAAUAGUGGUGGCGAGCGUUCUAGAAGCAUUCCGAUUUAGGAUACAAUACAAAAGAAGUACUACCAAAAGAGAUGAGGAAAAACUUCUGCACGAGGAGGUGCAUACAAGUUGGGAGGAAGCCCAACGAUUAGGUGCUAGCGGUGAUUUAGCAGAGGAACUUCGACCAUUCUUACCGCCCGGGGCUGAGGUCACGUUUAUUGGUUCACGGCCACGAACAAAAGAAGUUCUACAAAGGCGGAUGUACCAGAUGGACAUUCAAAAAUGGUUAGCAGAAGAAGAUGACAACGAAGGUCUGCCCCCAUCCACGACUUUAACGUCGAGCGAGGAUCCCCUAUCCCCCCCUCUGGUGCGCGCGGAGGCGGGAGAGGGUGUGCCGGCGGGGACGGGACCGGGCGCAGCCGGCUAUCAGUUGUAG